AUGAGGUCGAAUUCGGCAGCGGUGGCAUCGGUGAUCCUGGUGGUCGGAUGGCUUGGGGCAACCAGCCACGCGGCCAAUAUACUGUACAUCAAUACCGUCGCUUCGCCGAGCCAUUUCGGAUGGAACCGUGCCCUUGUCUAUGCCCUUGCCGACCGAGGCCAUAAUCUCACCGUGUUCGGUGUGGACGCCGAGAAGGAUCCACCGGCGAACGUUACCUUUAUUUUGGUGGAGAAUGUGUACCAAUCGUUGUACAGCGAAUCGGACAUGAGUAUGGAUUUCUUCGAGAUGACAAAAAUGAACGUGUUCGGAAUGCUGAAAAUGUACGACGAUUAUGUGCUGACCGUGUGUGACAUAGUGUUGCGCAACGAGGGAGUGAAAAAGCUCUACGAAUAUCCGGCGGACUUUGGGUUCGAUUUGAUCAUAAACGAUUACCUCAGCGGACCGUGCUUGGCGGCCCUUGCUCAUCACCGGUUCGGGCAGCCACCGGUAGUGGCAGUGACGGCGUAUCAUGGCGCUUCGACCACCCUUUCCAUGACCGGAGCGUAUCAGAACUCGGCCCUCAUUCCGAACCACGCGCUCGACGCGAUGGAGCAGAUGAGCUACUGCGAACGGUUCGUCAAUCUGUUGGCCAACAUGUGGGAAGAAAUGUUGCACCGCUGUGAUAUGAUUCCCAAGUCGAACCGAAUGCUCCGGCGCUUCGAACCUUCGUUGCCGGACGUUGGAGAGUUUUAUCGACAGACGAAACUUGUUCUGCUGAACGCGAACCCGAUUAUCCAGUUCACCGAACCGCUGAUGCCGAACAUCAUUCCGGUCGGUGGGCUGCAGAUCGUCAAACCGAAGCCACUGCCGGAGGAUCUUGCUACGAUGCUAGACCGAUCGAGCCCGGGCGGUGUUGUGCUGUUCUCGCUCGGGACGAAUGUGCGCAGCGAUCAGCUGGGCACGGUACGUAUCAACGGAAUCCUGGAUGCGAUGCAGGCCCUGCCGGAGUACACGUUCCUGUGGAAGUUCGAGUCGGACGCGAUGCCCCGGGCUUUACCACCGAAUGUCCACGUGCGACCUCGCGGCGGUGACGGUGGCGGCGGCGGCGGCGGUUGA